CCUGACUGGAAGAAUUAAAUAGAAGCACAUGAUGAUUCAACCCGUGAUUUUCACUUGAAACAGACCUCAUGCCACGGACUAAAUUAAUGAAUUUUCCUUUAUUUUCUCCCCUGACACCGUAGCCUGCUUCUUUCCAUCGAGUCCAUGAUGGCAUCCCCAAGGCUGGAGACGUUCUGCUGCCCAAACCGAGACGCAUCGACCGAAUUUGUCAUUACUUUUCAGCCCCUCUUCUUUGGCGCCAUUUGCAUCGGUAGUGCAAGUUUAAGUUUCAUAUUUUCUAUUUUACAAAUUUUGCCCAAACGUAGGGGUUACAGGCGCCUUGGACAGUACCCUCUUCCCAAACCAGCGUCUUCGUCGAGAAUAUUGUUUAUCAUCAGCAUAUGUGAUAUACUGGGAUGUGCAGGUAUCAUAGUGAGGUCAUCCAUCUGGCUGGGCCUGCCCAACCUUGUCAGAGGGAUCAAUGUGGCCAACAACAGCGACAUGUGGCCAGAGGUGUUCUGUGUCGGCAGUGCAAUGUGGAUCCAGCUGUUCUUCAGUGCAUCCUUCUGGUGGACCUUCUGUUACGCUGUGGACGUCUUCCUGGUGGUCAGAAGAUCUGCAGGAAUCAGUACCAUCAUCCUCUAUCACAUGAUCACAUGGGGUCUGGCCGUGUUGCUGUGUGUGGAGGGUGUGGCUAUGCUCUACUACACAUCCAUCUCCAGCUGCGAAAAUGGCCUGCAGCAUGCCAUUCCUCACUACAUUACUACCUACGCUCCUCUAAUGCUGGUGCUUAUAGUCAACCCUACACUGUUCGCCAGGACUGUGUCUGCAGUGACAGCAUUAUUGAAGGGACGACAAGGGAUCUACACAAAAAACGAGAGACGCCUUGGAACAGAGAUAAAAAUACGCUUCUUCAAAAUCAUGCUGGUCUUCUUUAUUUGCUGGCUUCCCAACAUCAUCAAUGAGAGCCUGCUGUUUUACCUGGAGAUGCAGACGGACAUAAAAGCCAGUGACCUGAAAAAUAUACGAAACACAGCCCUCAUCACUUGGUUUAUCAUGGGGAUCCUGAACCCCAUGUCAGGCUUCCUCAACACGUUGGCCUUCCAUGGCUGGACGGGCUUUGAUGUGGACUGCAGCCUGCAGAGGAGAAGGGAGCUGGCCUGGGAUUCAGCCUCCACCUCGGCGGCUAACAACCCCAUCGUGGGCUCCACCCUGCUCUACCAGAGCCACGUCCAGGAGGCCAAGAACAUGACCGGCAAGAACAUCAAGGGCAAUGGGCAGCCAGCCUCUGACGCCAUCAGCGUCCUAUCAGAAGGUUCAGAGUCUAGUACAAUUGAAAUCGACAUUUCCACUGAGCACCAAGACUAUGAGGAUAUAGACGCAGAUGGAGAAUCAUUGGGGAGUUCUGCAAGGCACUAGCUGCUGCAUCACCUGCUGCCAGCCUCCAUCUUGUUUUGUCUCUCCCCUACUGAGUUUUAGACCCUGUCCCCAUCCGCUGUUUGAAAAACCUCAACUCAGACACCUCUUUGGAUCCAACAGCAGUGUUAAAAAUGAUCUGUCUACCUGUACCAUUUCAUUUAUUUCGCUCUUAAGAACUGCCAUUUAAUUACUGCUGUAGCACAGUCAUAGGCUUGAUGUUGUCACAGAACAACAUGACACAUUUGGCCACCAGUCUGCUCCUCAUAUGUCGUGACGAUACAUAACAGGACCAGUUAAUUUGCCUCAUCACUGAACUGGGUGGGAAAAUCUAUGUGUUCUAUUUCUUUGUUGGCCGGGUAUGGUUCCCAAUCAGAGGCAGCUGUCUAUCAUUGUCUCUGAUUGGGGAUCAUACUUAGGCAGCCUGUUUUCCACCUGAGUUUGUGGGAUCUUGAUUUUGUUAGUUGCUGUAUUAGCCUGCAGAACUUUACUUUCGUUUAUCUUUUUUUUUUUUUUUGGUGUUCAUCAAAAUAAAGAAAGAU